AUGUGAACUGUGAAGGCAUUCAAUAUCAUUCCCCGUUAUUUCAUUUUAUCUCAGGCUGCUAAUAUCUGAUAAUCACAUUUUAAAUAAGUUUUUUUUUUUUGAAUAGAAAGAUUUUUCUCUUUGAAUAAGUUGGAGAAAGGGAUUUCCCGCGCUCAUUUCUUAGAGAGAGAGAAAAAUGGAGGAAUCAAUAGAGAGGUUGUGCAGAAGUUUAGGUUCAUUCAGUAACCAUCUGGAAAGCAGCUGCCAUGCCCUCAAGCAAUCCAUUAACCGUCGCGCCAUCCCUCUCGAUUCCGCAUCUUCAACCUUUAUACAAUGCCUCAAUCGGAGGGUUUCCACCGCCGGUGGCCAACUUAAUCUGCUCGAAUCCAUGUCCUUGUCAACUGUAUCGUUUGAGGAACUAUUAGGUCACUGUAAUGAGGUUUACAAGAAUAAUCAAAUCCAUAUUCUUGAACUCCAAGAUUGUCUCAAGCCCUUGGGAUACGUCCCCGAAUUGGAGAUUGAUGAUGAAGAUGAGGUUUUAAACACGGAUUCAUCAACUGCGCUUGAUACACACUCGAAUAUAAUGAGUUCGAACCGUGGAAAUGUUUUUUUGGACGACGAAGAUUUAUUCGAUGAGUCGUUGAGUUUGAAGAAUAUUGGUCUUUCCAAUGUUUGUCUUGCUUCUUUAGCAUCCGAAGCAAAUAAUAAGAUUGAUGAUCUAGAUGUGUAUAUGCAAGAACCCACAAGACACAGGUCACAUGACUUGAAGGAGCCAGAUUAUUCAAUAUUGGGAAAAUCCAAAAUGAAAAUGUACUUAGAUGAUGAGGGAAAUGACGAUGCUCUAAAGCCUGUCCAAGCUCUUUCAUCAAUAAAAUUAGUGAAGGACGAUUACGAGAAUCUUCCUUCCUAUAUGAAAGGUCUAGCGUCAUGGGAGGAUUUGGUCACUGCCGUAGACAAGAUCAAUUCAAGCUUGAAUCAGAGAACUAAUGGAAGUAAUUUCUUUGGCCAAGAUGAAAUUUCAUCACUGGGGUUGGGGCCAAAGGCGAGGUCUUACCUGCUACUGCUUGUACGUAUGGACCGGCUUGUUGUCGAAACUAUAAAUGGUUUGAUUUCCUACCGAGUUUUAUAGAUGUGGGAACUCAUAUGUAUGCUAGCUGAAAAUAUUGAUCUGAUCUGCAGAUGUGUCGAGUUCUAUUAUUUUAAAUGUGUAAUUUCAAGAAUGUAAAAAAUAAUGUAUGUGGUUGACACUUUUUUUUUGUUUUCUUUCUAGUAAUGCAUUAGUUUAAGGCAUUUGCUAGCAAGUCUUAACUCGGCAAAUAUUGGUGUGAAUGUGAUUACAUAUGGGAUUAAGGAAUUGAUUGUUUACC